GGGGGGGGUGCUGGGUAUAAAGCUAUGCUGCCUUUGUCCUUGCCACUCUACCUGUCUUUAAGUGAGUAGGUAGAGCAGCCUGUCGAACUCCAGGAUGGUCAGAUCACUGCUUGGCCUGCUUUUCGCCUCCUCGGUUCUGCUUUGCAGCGCCACUCCAGUGGACAGGCAUGGUGAGUCGGAUGCCAAAUGCCCUCUGAUGGUGAAGAUCCUGGACGCGGUGAAGGGUGUGCCAGCCGGCUCUGUGGCACUGAAGGUGGCCCGACGAGAUGCUAACGGAGCGUGGGCACAGGUCGCUAACGGGGUUACAGACGCUACUGGGGAGGUUCAUAACCUGAUCACAGAGCAGGAUUUCCAGCCAGGGGUGUAUCGUGUUGAGUUUGACACCAAGUCUUACUGGAAGGCCGAAGGCCGGACACCAUUCCACGAAAUGGCGGAUGUUGUCUUCGAGGCGCAUGUUGGCGGUCAUCGCCACUACACCCUGGCCCUGCUGUUGAGCCCGUUCUCCUACACCACCACCGCAGUGGUGGUGAACACACACGAGUGACACACACACACACACUACCCAGGUCACCCCAAUAAACAGCUGGAGAACAGUCCGGGCAUUGCUUCCUCUAUAUUUUGCUGUGCUGUGGCAAAUCCUGUUCUUAUUUCAAUGUGUGUUCAUGAUUGUUUGUUUGUGAGAAGUUUCCAUGAGACAAAUAACUCCAGGACACUUUGGGGGUGUUUUCCAGAACAUGGCAAUGAAGGUGUUUAUUCAUCUUCUUGAUUGACCCAGAAAAAAUUAAACAAAAACCGAACAAAGUCCAA